UGACCCCGUGGAAGGCAGUGUCGUCUCAGUGGCGCUGCAGAGAUCUCCGCCCAAGACGGCUCCCCCUCCCCGGGCCUCUCCCGUCUUGCCCGCGAGCCCUCUCGCCCCGUAGGCCUCUCGGUUCUAAUAUCUUGGGGUGAGAUGAGAGCAGGCCCAGGGAGGGUGGUUACCGCUGAGGAGCUGCAGUCGCGAUCAAGAUGAUAGAGGUACUGACAACAGCUGACUCUCAGAAACUGCUACACCAGCUGAAUGCCCUGUUGGAACAGGAGUUGAGAUGUCAGCCAAAGGUCUGCGGCUCGAGACUAAUUGACUCUGCACACGAUAAUGGCCUUAGAGUGACUGCAAGACUGAGGGACUUUGAAGUCAAAGAUCUCCUUAGUCUAACUCAGUUCUUUGGCUUUGACACGGAGACAUUUUCUCUCGCUGUGAAUUUACCGGACAGACCCCUGUCUAAAAUGAAGGUACAGCCCAAGCACCUUGGGUGUGUUGGACGGAGCUGCUUCUGUUUGGCCGUAGAAUCAAUAGAAGAGGAAAGGGAUGUCCCAUUGGCGACUGACUUGAUCCGAAUAAGCCAGUAUAGGUUCACGGUUUCAGACUUGAUGAGAAUGGAAAAGAUUGUGUUGGAGGAGGUGUGUUGGAAAGUCAAAGCUACUACUGCCUUUCCGUUUCUACAACUCUGUUAUUCACUCCUUCAAGAGAACUUGCCCUAUGAAAGGAGGAAUAGCCUUAAUUUUGAAGCACUAGAAGCUCAACUUAAGGCAUGCUACUGCAGGAUCGUAUUUUCGAAAGCAAAGCCAUCUGUGUUGGCAUUGUCUAUCAUUGCCUUGGAGAUCCAGGCACAGGGGUGUGUAGAGUUAACAGAAGGAGUAGAAUGUCUUCAGAAACGUUCCGAGAUCAAUGGCAGAGAUUUGACUUCCUGGCAAGAGCUCGUACCCAAGUGUUCAACUGAAUAUUCAUCAAACAAGUGUUCCAAACCAAAUGUUCAGAAGUUGAAAUGGAUUGUUUCUGGGCCUACCUUCCCGAAAUGGUCCCUUAAUUGGAUUCUUAGAGCAACAAAAACCUCUUCUGAAGCCUUUCUCCGCAGUCCUGAGCUGUGGAUUCCGUCAUGUCCUGAUGGAUUGAAGCUGUGAAGCCUCAGAACGUCACAAGCAGAUUAACAUUGGUGUUCUCAGAUUUGGGAAAACUG